AUGGAAACCGGUUCUGCUGCACAAGAGCCAAGGAGUCCAAACUCAGCAGACGAGGAAGUUCGAACCCAAGCCUCAAGAGACGAACUUCCUGGACGACAACAAGCUUUGGAAGUGCUGUUCUUGAAGUUGUUUGAUUUUCAGAACCACGAUCAAUGCGGGUGCAUUCCCCCGGAUUGUACAGCAAUGGAGGAUGGGAGCUGGCCCCCAGAUAGCGCCUCGCUCAUCAUUCGUCGUAGCUCCAGCAAAAACUCGAAGAUCGCAACUCUCAAAGCCAAGCGAUAUAACAAGCAUACCAACCCACCAGUAAGCCUGUGGGAUCGGACAUGGGUCUGGAGGCUUGGACCGGCCAGGAUCACCAUGUACCAAAGCGGCUCAAGAAGCCGUCUGUGCCAGAACACCCCAAUCUGCGCUUGGAUCGCCGGACUGGAGCCUUCUGACAGGCUUGCUCACGGAUCUAACGCCGAGGUCAUGGUACAGAGAGGUUCUUCGAUUGCCAAGACUCCUCUGGCAGGGAUGAUUACCCCAGAGUUCUCGAUUCUUGCGCACCAAAUACAGUUGGCUAGUGUCCGUCUGUCAUUCGUUCAAGCAACUUACAGGACCACGGCAACACGGUAA